CUUCCCCAGCGCUGGGCCCGCGCCUCCUCUGGCCAGUUUGCUGACUGCUGGAAGUCGGUGCUGCGUGCCUGUGUCCCGUCUGCAGAAACUCUUCCCUCUUGUCUGCUCAGCUCGGCUCCGUGAUGCCGGUGGACCUCGGCAAGUGGUCCGGGCCUUUGAGCCUGCAGGAAGUGGAGGAGCGGCCUCAGCAUGCGCUGCAUGUCAAAUACACCGGGACGGAGGUCGACGAGCUGGGCAAAGUGCUGACGCCCACCCAGGUUAAGAACCGGCCCACCAGUAUUGCAUGGGAUGGUCUUGAUCCAGGUAAACUCUACACCUUGGUCCUGACAGAUCCAGACGCUCCCAGCAGGAAGGACCCCAAAUACAGGGAAUGGCACCAUUUUCUGGUGGUCAACAUGAAGGGCAACGACAUUAGCAGUGGCACAGUCCUUUCCGAUUAUGUCGGCUCUGGGCCUCCCAAGGGCACAGGCCUUCAUCGAUACAUCUGGCUGGUAUACGAGCAGAGUGGGCCACUGAAGUGUGAUGAGCCCAUUCUCAGCAACCGAUCUGGAGACCACCGUGGCAAAUUCAAAGUGGCAUCUUUUCGCAAAAAGUACGAGCUUGGGCCCCCAGUGGCUGGCACGUGUUACCAGGCGGAAUGGGAUGACUAUGUGCCCAAACUCUGUGAGCAGCUGUCUGGGAAGUAGGGCAGUGCUGGGAGACAGUAGCUGUCCCAGAAGUCUCAAACAGUGUUCUCAAGUUCAGUGAUGCAUGUAGAUUUCUCCACUUUCCCCAUCCCCGUUCUCACAGGUGAGGCCUGAGCAAUCAGAUAGUGGUUUAGAGUGACUUUUCCUCCUGCCUAUCCUUUAUAAUUCUAGAGAGUCACACCUCGGGUUUAUGUUUUGAUCAAAACUGAACUCCAUUUUGGGGGAUAUUUUGGUACUAUGUUGGGGUUAUCAAAUUGUUAAUAUAAGAAGAGCAACCCAGAAUUUAAAGAAAGGAAAAUUGAGAUGAAAGACCAGGUCUGUAGUUAAUAGGGCCAAGCAUCAAAGAAUCUUUAAGGGAGGUUUAAAAAAAAAAGAUUCAUUGCCUCUGCCUUUGUCAGCCUGAGUCCGGAAUUGUGCCCGAUGGCACUUCUGGGUCAUGUUUUCAUGGCCGUGUCUCUCACCGUGACAGCCAGAGGCUGGUGUGUCCACUAACCCCCAGCAUGGUACAUCUCAGACUGUUUACUCUAGGGGUCAGUGUCAUGCUCUGGUUUCUCUCAAGGGUAGUACUGGAAAAAAGCAAUAGGGAGAGUUGCUUUGCAGUUGAGGCACAGCCAUCUGGAUGAGCUGCAGGGCUGGUUGAGGGGGUUGUCAAAAUCCUUUAGCCUCUGCCUGUUGAACCAGUCACUCUUCAUCUGUAGAAAAGCUGAUCUGGAGUUGCGGAAUGUUGUGUUAAUUCUGCUGUUUGCUUAUAGUGAAUAAAAAUAAAAACAUUGUGUGGAUAAA